AUCACAGUGACAGCGCCUUGUGUGAAACAUAGUAACAACGAUCGGUGUUUCUACGUUAUAUAUACGUGACCCAGCCUCUCACCUGGCGUAAGACGAUAUGGACACCUGUAUCCCAGGACUUUCUUACCGGUUAAACAUGAAUUGGCAGUCGAGAGUGCAGACCUGUGAGAUUGGUAUGCUGAGUUUUCCGCCUCCUCCACACCUUCCGCCACCGUCAUCAACCCUACAUCUACCACUGGAACAAGUGUGUAGCCAGCCUCGUCAUACAACACCAAUGCACCCAAGACCACAGUUAGUCCAGCAGAUAAACGACUCCACUUCCACUAGUCGGCAACGUAUGAACCAGCAAACUUCAAUAGUUUCUCCGCCAGCUUCGUCAUCCCGCCAGCUACCAGUAACCGUUCCCUACCCAUUGCCGUAUUAUUUUUCGCAAGCUGAAAUCGACAUGGUUUUAUAUGACUGCGCGCGAAAUCCAUUCAAUGACCAAUCUCCAAGGCACGCCUUGUCGGGCCUCGGACUCAAAGAUAAUGAACGUUCCUCAUUCCGCGCACCGAACAAACAGCCAGCUGCAAAUGGAGUAUAUUCUAAGACGAGCCCAUUUAACGGAGUGACAUCCUCUUUGGGUCUGGACACCACGCCAUUUGACAUUCCAGAAGGGAUAGCAAUUUAUCAAACAACGUUUGCUGGUUGUAUGCACUACGGUGUUUUCUGCAAUAAAGACGUCAUCCCGAAAGGUACUCGGUUCGGUCCGUUCGUCGGCAGAACCGUUCACACUAGCGAAAUUAAAACCAACGAUGAUAACACUCACAUGUGGGAGAUUUUCAAAGAUGGGAAACUGAGUCAUUUUAUCGAUGGUCGAGGAAGCUCUGGUAAUUGGAUGAGUUACGUUAACUGUGCUCGGUACGCUCAGGAACAGAAUCUUCUUGCAAUCCAGUCUGAUGGUGAAAUCAUGUAUGAGACAUGCAAAGACAUACCAAGGGGUCAAGAGUUGUUGGUUUGGUACGGAGAUUGUUACCUCCAGUUCAUGGGGAUACCAGUGGCUUUAAAAGAGAUGGCGGAUGGGAAUACAGUUGAUGACAGCACAGCUGAGAAUAAAGAAGGCUACGCCUGCGAACGCUGUGGUAAAGUGUUUGCGUACAGAUACUAUCGUGACAAGCAUUUAAAGUACACGCGAUGUGUGGACCAAGGCGAUCGUAAAUUCCCAUGCCAUCUUUGUACUCGUUCGUUUGAGAAGAGGGAUCGACUCAGGAUACAUAUACUGCAUGUACAUGAGAAACACCGCCCUCACAAGUGCACAGUUUGUGGCAAAUGCUUUUCACAGUCGUCAAGUUUGAAUAAACACAUGCGAGUUCACAGUGGAGAGAGACCGUACAAAUGCGUCUAUUGUAGCAAGGCCUUCACUGCAUCCAGCAUUCUAAGAACUCACAUCAGACAACAUAGUGGCGAGAAGCCGUUCAAGUGUAAACAUUGUGGGAAGGCAUUUGCAUCGCACGCUGCGCAUGACAGCCAUGUAAGAAGGACGCACACUAAAGAGAAGCCAUGCGUGUGUACGGUCUGUGGCAAAGCGUUUACACAGUCGUAUGAACUGAAGUUUCACAUGAAUAUGCACACGGGGGACAAACCAUAUCAAUGUAAAAAGUGUGGUCGCGGAUUUUCUAGCCCGUCUUCACGUGAUCGCCACUGUAUACAUUUUGAUUGCUCGGCGUCCCAGGUGAUAAAGUGUGUACGAAGAGACAGCAACGCUGGCAGCUUGGAGUCGACUACAUCGUCACCAAGAAGUGAUAUCAGCGGAAUCAGUGAUUAUCUCAGUAGCACGCCACGCGGUGGAUAUGAUCCUGUCAGCGAUGACGAAAUAGACGUAGAAAGCAUCGAUUUCACAGGGUCUUAUGCAUGUAUUCGUAAUUCAAUUUCAACUAUGUAA